CAUCUAUAACUGCAUCACACACACCACUCACCCCGGUUCAGUUGCCAUCUUUAAGCACUCUUGAACCAUAUUCCAAUUGUCGCAACAUCAUUUUAAUUGUACAUAACUUUGUCAUUUCAUUAGCGGGUGACCUCGAUCGUAAUAACAGCCUUCGUGUCACCAAAAGAUGAGCUUUGAUAAUGGAGACACUACUAACGUACCAUUGGGACAAUCAGAAAAAAACGAUGAUUAUUUUCAUCAUCACUUUGUGAUCAAACAAAAGUCAGCGAUUCAUGCAGCGAAAACCAAAGAUCUUGACGACUCUGCCCCAUCCACAACGGUUUCGAAUCUUAAAACUAAACCUUUUCCUCCUUAUACUCAUGAGUCAAAGCCUGUUGCUUCUCCCGAAAUUAGCACCCUACACGACCAUCUUCUACUCGAUCAUGAUAUCUCGAAAGACCUCGACAACGUUUCACAAGACCUCGUUGACGAAGUCCCCACAAGGUCAACAGUUGCUUCACUAAUAGCCAAGUUUAAUCAGGCGGCAGAGACCAAAUGCACAUACAAAGACAAAAAUGGCAAUAUUUUGAUGCCCACGCGACUCGUUCCACGAUUUGUUGGGUACAUUGGAGGUAGGAGACGGAAGGAUGAAAUCUCCCAGAAUAAUGAAAAUGCGGGUCCGUCCAGUAGCGAUAAGCUAUCUCUAAAUCAAGGUAGUGAUGCACCAAAAAAUAGGCUUGAUAUGAGUAACGUGGUGCUAAAGUACUUUCCUGAGAAACUAAGCGUCGAUUCUCCACGGCCUUUGUCCGCCUUUUUGUCAGCGUCAUUACAUACCCAUCUCGACCUCGGAGAGCAUAUCAGUGAACAAAAGCACAGCCGUAAAAGGGAACAAGACACCAAAAGUCUUGCUGAGGAUGGAAAUUUAACGUCAAAUUCUAAACCAGUCACCGUAGUUGCAACCGCUGCUGCCGUGUCACCAUCUCCACCUUUGUGUCCUUUUUAUAUUAAUAAAAGAAGUCCUCUGAAGAACAUCAAUCUAAUGUUUGGCAAAAAGUUGGCAGUAGAAGGAGCAGGAAGAUCACGACUAUCGGCACCAGUGCUAAUGGAUACAAGUCGUCAAUUUUCUCCUGAAUUGAGAAGCAUGUCAGAAAACUCUAGUAGUGUCGUUAUGGACAGAUCCAGAUCUCAGGGCUCCCAGAAUUUCCCUGUCGAUUGUGCCAUUACUUUCAUGUCCCCCAUGGACAAGAAUAAUCCAGCAAUUAAGACAUUUCUUCAGUCAGGAAGGAGGAUGAGCAUCGCUGAAGACGUUGACAAAAGUGCAUUUGAAAACAGAGUUCUGGAAAUGUGUAUACAGAAACUUCCAAUUCCAAUGAAUAUCAUCAUACAAGGCCUGAACAACUUGAAUAAAGUGGGGGAAGGCGUAUACGGGGAAGUUUUCAUUGGCGAGUUUAACUGUGUGAACCGAGUCUACAAGAUUGUCCCAAUUGAAGGGACGGAGAAAGUUAAUGGGGAAAAUCAAAAAACAUUUUCCGAAAUUUUCCCAGAAAUAGCAAUUUCCAGACAGCUCAGUAAACUGCAUUUUGAGAAUGGAUAUCCUGGAUACUUGACUGAUGGCUACAUAAAGAUGCAUAACAGCCGAUUAGCAAAAGGCAAAUAUCCGGAUCGCCUGGUAAAUGCAUGGAAAAUAUGGGACCAGCAACAUAAGUCGGAUAACGAAUGCCCUGAAUUUCCUUCAGAACAACUUUAUAUGAUUUUUGAGUGCGACUAUGGGGGCAAAGAUGCAGAAUCCUUUGAAUUCAAGAAUUCGAGACAGGCUUUUUACUUGGUUCUGCAGGUGACGCACAUACUUGCUGUCGGAGAAUCUGCAAUGGAGUUUGAGCAUAGAGACUUGCAUUGGGGCAAUAUCCUGGUUCGAGAGACAAACGCAGAUCAUGUUUCCUACACUUUGGACGGGAAAGUCGUGCAGGUUCCCUCAGGAGGUAUCAAGGGAUGCAUCAUCGAUUUUACGCUUGCCCGAAUCACCGACGCUAAGUCUGGUCCAGUAUUUUACGAUCUAAAGGAUGACGAAGAGCAGUUUUUGGGGGCUGGCGAUCAUCAAUUUAACAUUUACAGAAUGAUGCGGGACUGUAAUCGAAACGAGUGGGCGCCGUUCUGUCCCAAGACAAACAUUUAUUGGAUUCACUAUUUAGCAGACAAGUUACUUUGUAAAGGGCGAUAUUUGGAAACCACGUCGGAAGAGCAUCUAUUCUUCAUCAGACAGCUUCGAAUAAUAAAAUCUUCAAUCAUGCAGCAUGAUUCUGCCCUAGAUUUUGUUUUACACAAGUUCUGUGAAGAUUUCAAACAAAUUCAACCACGCUAAUAAAUGCAGAAAAUUAAACUAUAAUAAGUUUUUGAAUAGUGCAUAACUAUUAUAUGUAGUAAUUAAUUGCAUACUGCAAUUGCACAUGCACUGACUACAUACAUAUGUAUUUUAUACAUGCGAGAGAGGCCUACUGCGGACAGACAGAAUGAAUGAGAUUAUACAUGCAUGUAUAGAGUCUUCAAGUAAUUAUUGUUUAUUGAAUUAAAAAAAAAACGUAUUGAAUCAGUUUGUUAAACCGAAAAAUCAUAAAUUCAUAAUAAAUCUGUUUACCAAGAAA